AUGACGUCUACUCUGACUGAAUCCAAGUUGCCAGCGACACCGGAGGGUCGGUGCUGGCGUUGGUGCCUCAGUCGGCGAAAGCGUCGGGCUGGGCGUCGGGACGAGGUCGGACUGGAGGUCGGACUGGAGGUCGGGCUGCUCGUCGGACUGGGCGUCGGGGACGAGGUCGGGCUGCUCGUCCGCGCCUGUGGGCACACGGAGAACCCACUGCUGUCGUGGAUGCGAACGCUUCCGUCAUCGAAGAAGAGAAAGUCGGACGUCAACCCACAAGCAAAGGAUAAAGUGGGAAACUCGAAGGUUUUGGUCGUGGAAAAGUCGGUGAUUCUGUUCUUCACGUCCACGAAAUACGUCAUAUUCGUAUAA